AUGAACAAUAAUCCUCUCAUUCCUAACAAUCAAAAGACUUUGAAAGCAACGAUUAAAAAUUAUAAAAAAUUUUCUCAUUUUUACAGUUUGCUAUUACUCUUCAUAGUUGCUACCACUUUUUAUUCUUCAGAUUAAUUUAUAAAUAUUGGCUAUUUACCCUAUCUCCAAGUGGCUAUCAUAACAUUUUCAUCUUGUACAUUGGUAUUUAACAUAUCCUCAUUAUUCUUCCUUCAUAAUUAUGAAAAAUAUCCUAAUAAAUUGAAUUCUUUCAAUGUCCUAACAAUUACCUCUUUAAGUGGUGUUUUUAUAUUAACCGCAUCUAGUCUCCUCGCUUCUUAUAUGUAUUCUUGUGGAUCAUGCUUUAUUUCCAUUUAAGGAGAGCUUAGUGGAAAAGAUAUUGUAGACAGUAUCUCAUGUAGUAAUAAUGGUUUUAGUGGAUGUAAUAUUGGUAAUGUAUAUAAUAUUGCAGCUGAAUAUGUCUAAGGUCUUUGUUAGUAAAGAUAAAGUUGUUAUACAGACAGUUUAACAGUAUAUAGUCGUGGUUACGCACUUGUACCUUAGUUAAUUGCAUGCAUCGGAGCAGGAUUUGUUAAUUUUAUGUACCUUUUGACAUUUAUAUAUUAUAGAAGAGAACUAAAGGAAUUUUAAAUAAUCCCUCUUAAUUCUAAUCAAGAAGACUUAAAUUGA